AUGACAAGGUUAAGAGAAAUUGAGCAAGAAAAAUUAAAACCUGCUUCCUCCAAAGAAAAGCAAGAGGCAAGAAUAAUUAAUUGUCAUUACACAGAUUUUAAAACAGAAAUAGGAACGUUAAGAGAGAGAAAAUUUGAACUUUCUGCUACUGAACAAUUCAUAAAAAGCUAUGAAGGAAUACCGUUUGCUAAAGAACAAGCUUUGCCUAAUCUUUAUCGACAAGCAUCCUUAUAUUUUGGCAAUGACUGA